AGCAGUUUUAGUAGCAGAAUUCUAAGCUACGUGAUUAUCCACCUUUUUUACCCUCUUAGAAUUGGUCUAUAUGGAAGUCUGGUGAUUAGACUUUCUACCACUUGUCAUCAUGUUGGCAGAAGGCGUCUUAACUGGACUCGUAUAUAAAGAAAUCCCUGCUCGAGAUAAGUCUCACAAAUGUCAUCCAACCAAAAAGGUUAAGGAGGGAAUCUGGAGAGAAGAACUUGUAGACGAUCCAAAAAUUAAAGAGUUUGCUGCUGGGCAUGAGCAGCAGGACCAGAUCAUUGCUAAAAUUAGCAAAAUGGAACACAAGAGAAACCCUCACUGGAAAUCUAUGAAGGGCUUACCUGCAGAAGAUCAGAAAAUCCAUAUUGGGGGAACCACAUCACCACCUUUACAUAUUCCCCAAAGAGAACAAAAUAGUGAGCAGCUGGAUUUGUACAAAUCCUGGUCAUGCAACAGCAUUUAUCAAAACUAUCCUGACUUGCAUAUUGGGGGAGACCAUGUGGGUGACCAUAUGUGUGAUUCAGGUUGUGUUUUGGACCAUGUGUGUGAUGAACUUCAAGGUGGCCCCGUUCUGCGGUCUGCAGAUAUCCCUCUAGGUCAAUCCCCUGUGUCUCAGCAUAUUGAGAAGACAGGUAUAAAGUCCCUGCCUGGAGAGGAAACUGGAGAAAGGAGUAUGGCACUCUGUGAAGAGCCUCUUUCAAACUCUGUGCUCAACAACUACAUGGAAAGAAAAGUGGCAGAGCUAUAUAAACAAUUUUUUGAAGAAAGCCUGGCCAGGUGUGGUUCUGUAACAAACCUCCUGGCUUGCAGUUUCAUAAGGAAUAACUUGAACCAGAUAAGCUUUCAGAUAUCCCAGGAGCAGAACAUAGAAACAUCUAAAGCCAGAGAGGUGCUCUUACACUCUCUAGCCUUGUUUAGUUUGCGUAAUGCUACCAAUGGAAAUAGCUCUGAAUUUAGUACUCCAAACUUGCAGAUCUCAAACUUAGAAUGUGUGGAAAACAGUCACAGGAUAUAA